GUUUUUCUGCCUGCCAAUGAUUGCAAUACCUUCGUCGGUUUCCUGCCAUAUUUGAAUGGGAGGGUCCGGUGUUGGCUAUAAAGAGCGAGGCACCACCCUUGUGACAGGCAGCUGUCUGAUCACUUCAUUCGCCAAAGAUGCCGGGGAUCACUUUGUGGCUGUGCGCAGGAGCGUUUCUGUGGGGCUCUGCGCUUUGUGACAUCAAAUGUCCUGAUGGGACCCCCUGCGCUGAUUUGUCAACCUGCUGCCAGACCGCUCAGGGUUACGGCUGCUGUCCGUACCCAAAGGCCGUCUGCUGCGCUGACCAUUCCCACUGCUGCCCCUCGGGGUACAGCUGCAACCUUGCCGCGCAGACGUGCGUGAAACAGAGCCAGCCGUGGAUCAGCAUACCGAUGGCCAAGAAGGUGACUGCAGAGGUGCCAAGCUCCCCGGCGCUGUCUCUAAUCCCCUCUGAGGAGGUGAAGAACAACGACAACAACAACAACAUCUACGUCCCCGACCAGAUAAAGAGCACAGUUGUCCACUGUGACAACUAUUACGUUUGUCCGGAUGGUACCACCUGCUGCAGACAUCCAGCGGGUGCCUGGUUCUGCUGUAUAUACUCUCCUGGAAGAUGCUGCCUGGAUGGCUACCACUGUUGUCCGUACGGUUACGACUGUGAUUUCACGUACACUCACUGUAUCAGAGGAGGCCUGAGGUACCCGUUCUACUACAAACCAGCUCUGUCUUCAGUCCCCGCCUCUCAGCUCUCAGCACCCCAAGACGGAGGCGGCCUGCAGGAGGCUGUGCAAAUGGCUCUAACAGAGACCAGCGGCAGCUCCUUUGAGCGGGGAGCCAGUCGCUGUGACGAUAAAUUUCACUGCCCGAAGGGCUCAAGAUGCUGCAAGGGACCCGACGCCCAGUGGAGCUGCUGUCCUAACUAGCUGAGUCUUCUGCUGCUCUGAUGGUCGGCUCCACUGUGAGUACGGAUCCUCCUCUACGGCCAAAUGCAGAAAACAGAAGAAGUUGAACCCAGGAACACACCAAAAACGCUUAAAACGCAUUAAUCAUUUUUUACUCAUUUUUAUUGGACCUGUUCUCUUCUGAUAUUUGAUAAACAUGUCCAGCAAAGUCUCUCUGUGCUUCAUUCUUUCACUUAGGCUGUACUGAAUAAGAUUUGUUUCACAGUUAACAAGUAAAUAAUGUGCUCACGACCACAUGAGAUUAUCAUGACGGACAGUUAUUAUUUGUUGACCUUUACAUUACUUCAUGUCACUGUUUGGCUACAAGGAACAAUAAAGACUGAGCAGAAAAUCAAA